AUGCAUGCUCCUAUGAGAGGGAUAACCCAUCCCCCGGGCGCCCGAGGCAUGACGGUGGCCAUCCCGGAAGACGUCGUGGAACUCGGGCGUGCAUCUAUUGCCGUCUUCAAAAAGCCCGAUGUUCAGGAUCGAGAUGGAAGAUUGACAGUCAAGUCUUCCACUCGCUUGGUCUCCCUGAAUGAGCUGCAGCAAGGACUAGUUUACCCUGUAAAGGACGGAGCGGAGUUAGAUGGAGUCCUUGAUGACUAUUUCUUGCACCUGUAUCCCUUGCCUUCCUACAGCUUCCUUCACGAACCCUCAAUUCGGCGAAUGUGUGCUGCUAGAACGCUCGAGCCAAGUCUCGUGUUAUCUAUGUGCGCCUUGGUCAAACUAAGGUGCAGACCAGCUGGGUCUCAGCCUUCCGAAAGCGUGUCAUUGAUCGAACUUUCGGAAAAGAGGAUCUGGGACAUGAUCGAGACGCCUUCAAUAUUCAGAUUGCAGGCACUCUUCUUGAUUAUCCAGUACCAUGCCGAAGUUGGCCGGUUCGAAAGGGCCUUCAUGAUGGCUUCCAUUGCGAGCCGCCAUGUGACUGCUCUCCAGCUGAAGCAUGAAAGCCCACACCUCAGCUUUGUCACUCAGGAAAUUCGACGGAGAGCUGCUUGGACGAUGGCACUACUAGAUGGUUACUUUUCUGUAGGGCUUCCCGGCUACAGCACGAUAAAUUAUGAAGAGAUAUACCAGCAAUAUCCGUGUCGUGAAGAGGAAUUUGGCUCAACGGAUCCCGACACCAUACUGGGCCCUUCCACCGCUCGGGUUGAAGACAAAGCUCACUACAGCAUGCUGGAGCUGAUACUGCGUAUUUCCAGAGUGCGCAGAGAUAUCAUGCGCUUCACCAGGCAGUUGGCCCUGCUGGAGCAGCCUCUCAAAGAGUUUCAGGGUAUCGUGCAAGGAUUCCAAAUGAACCUCACUCAGCUUCAGAAGAAAAUAGCGUCCGUUGUGGGUUCUUCGGCCACUGAAACCAUAAUCCAGCCAAACUUCCGGUGGGUUGUGAGAUCUCUAGAGAUCCAACUCGCUUGGCGUCAGGCACACUGUGACCUGUUUCGCCUCUUCCUUCUCGGGCAUCCCAAUGCGGCCCCUGAUGUGGUAUUACGUCCCUUGGGAUCAAGCACCUAUGCUAGCCAAGCCCAGGAAAUAUGUCAGGAACACAGUGACUGGAUAGUAGAAUCUAUUAAGAAGGUUCGAAAGAUGAAUCUCCAGGUCCUCUUCUCAUUCGAUAUUGCGAGAUGCGCUUAUCAGGCUGCACGUCUCAAUCUCUUUCUCGCUCAUAUGCCAAACGUGCGGCCGCAGCUAACAUCAGAAUGCGCCGUUUCUAAAGCUGCAGAAUGCCUAGCUUUUAUCAAGGAAAAAUUUGUAUCGUCUGCUCAUGCUCAGCGGAUGAUCUCAGACCUCAGUCUAUUGAUUGGAGCCUACGAGACGCGUGAUGGGCAUUUUGGAGCGGCGAUGGCGCUUGAUUCGUUACGGUUUUCUGGGGAUGCAGUUGAGAAGCACAAACAACUAUCGGCACACAGUCUUAUUCAUCAGGCUAAUUUCGUGGAUGAUAGCUAUCUCUAUGAAUUGUGA